AAAAAUUCAUAAUUCCAUGGGCUGCUUAGAAUCAAGAAAAGCAGCAAAUGAUUCAUAAAUACACAAAUAAUAGGAAGAUGUAUAUUAAUGUGAUAAAGGUGUUGGCUUUAAAUAAAUUUGUGAAACAUUAUAAGAUUCGCAUCCUGAAGCUCCUUAAAAAGAAAAUACAUUUGAGCCUUCAAUUUCAAUUGAUGAAUCUGAUGAUCAUCAUGUUGAUGAGUAAAUGAAUGCAAUAGAUAAUUAAAUUUUUCAAAGAAGAAAAUUUCUAUUAAACAAAGAUAUUAAUCCAAAAAUUAUUAAAAAAAAAAAUAAGAAAUUAGAAUCACCAAAACUAUAAUAAAAAAAUAAAUUAGAUCAUUUUGGAGAUAUCAAACCAUAUAAUUCCUUAAGAAUUAUUCAGGAUCAAGGUUUAUCUUAAAAUAUGAUAUAUUAUUAUAAAUAUGAGGUCAUUAAUAAAAAUAGGAUUAAAAAUAUUAUAUAAGAGGCUGAAAAAAAUAGUUAAUAAUCCAUAGAUGAUUAAAGGAUUACUAAUAUGACACCAUAAGCAAGUAAUCGAUAAUCAAGAAAGAGUAGCAGCAUUAGUUGUUCUUCAAUACUUUAAGAAAAAACUUUUAUUUGCUUUUAAUGUUAAAAAUAGAAUUAAAAUAUCAUGUACCAAUUAGAUUGUCUUCAUCAAUUUGAUUAAAAUUGCUUAUUUUAAUUAAUUACUCAAUAAAUCAAUUAGAAAAAGCCACAAAUUUAUUGUCUAUGCAAAAAAGUCAUUAGAACUAAGAUCAUUAGAAGUUUUUUAGAGGAUUAAGAAUAUACUGAUGAAAAUAAUUAAAGUAAGAUGUAUUUGGAGAACUAUUUUGAAAAUUAGUACAAUUUUUUGGCAAACUAGAACUGA